AUGUCAGUAUCAGGAAAGAAUGGGACAGGCUCAUCAGCCUUAAUUCAAAAGUUAAUGGAUGCUGAGGUAGAUGCUGAGGAAAUUGUUCGUCGUGCAAAGGAAAAUAGAAUUUUAAAGCUCAAGGAAGCUCAGAUUUCUGCAGAAGAAGAGUUAAAGGUAUUUAGAGAAAAGGAAGAAGCUCAGUUUGAAUCCGAGUUUAAAAACCUUUCAGUAGAAGAUUCUGUAGAUCAAGUUUUGGAAAAAUCAACAGAAGAAGCAAUUGAGCUAGUUAAAAAUGAUUUCAAAAACAAUGGAGGAGCUGUUGCAGAUUUGAUGCUAAAGAAGGUGUUAUCUGUGGACCUUUCCUUAUCUCCCACAGUUAUUCACUUGGCUAAAAUUGGGAGGAUUCAUUAA